GGACUGAGCCCGACGUCGGUGCAGCCUCGACGGCGGCGGCCGCCCCGAGUCCCGCUCCGGCGCCGGCAGCCGUGGAGCGCACGGGGGGCAAAAGAGUGCACGGAGCGGGACCGCCCCCCCCUGCCGAAGCGAUGACCCCGCUUCCCACAGGCAACGGCACAGCCUGGGGGGCGGCCGCCCCCGGCACCGUCCCCAAUUGCAGCUGGGCUGCCAUCCUGAGCCGGCAGUGGGCGGUGGGAGCCGCGCUGAGCAUCACCAUUCUGGUCAUCGUGGCCGGCAACCUGCUGGUGAUCGUGGCCAUCGCCAAGACGCCGCGGCUGCAGACCAUGACCAACGUCUUUGUCACCUCGCUGGCCUGCGCCGACCUCAUCAUGGGCUUGCUGGUGGUGCCACCGGGGGCCACCAUCCUGCUGAGCGGCCACUGGCCCUAUGGCACGGUGGUGUGCGAGCUGUGGACCUCUCUGGACGUGCUGUGUGUGACGGCGAGCAUUGAGACGCUGUGCGCCAUCGCCGUGGAUCGCUACCUGGCCAUCACGGCGCCGCUGCAGUACGAGGCGCUGGUGACCAAGGGCAGAGCGUGGGCUGUGGUGUGCAUGGUGUGGGCCAUCUCCGCCUUCAUCUCCUUCCUGCCCAUCAUGAACCACUGGUGGCGGGAUGGAGCAGACGAGCAGGCGGUGCGCUGCUACGAUGACCCGCGCUGCUGUGACUUUGUCACCAACAUGACCUACGCCAUCGUCUCCUCCACCAUCUCCUUCUACGUGCCGCUGCUCGUCAUGAUCUUUGUCUACGUCCGUGUCUUUGCUGUGGCCACACGCCACGUCCAGCUCAUCGGCAAGGACAAGGUGAGGUUCCUGCAGGAGACCCCCAGCCUCAGCUCCAGGGCUGGGAGGCGGCGGCGGCCCUCCCGCCUGUUGGCCAUCAAGGAGCACAAGGCGCUCAAGACCUUGGGCAUCAUCAUGGGCACCUUCACGCUCUGCUGGCUGCCCUUCUUUGUGGCCAACAUCAUCAAGGUGUUCUGCCGGCCGCUGGUGCCCGACCAGCUGUUCCUCUUCCUCAACUGGUUGGGUUACAUCAACUCAGCCUUCAACCCCAUCAUCUACUGCCGCAGCCCCGACUUCAGGAGCGCUUUCCGCAAGCUGCUGUGCUGCCCGCGCCGCGCCGACCGCCGGCUGCACGCCGCCCCACAGGACCCGCAGCACUGCUCCUGUGCCUUCAGCCCCCGGGCGGACCCCAUGGAGGACAGCAAGGCUGCGGCCCCCGGGCGGCCCGGGGAGGACAGCGAGGUGCUGGGGAGAAGCAGGAGGGAGGAGAAUGCCUCAUCCCAUGGUGGUGGCCACCAGCAGCGGCCCCUGGGCGAGUGCUGGCUGCAGGGCACGCAGACCACGCUGUGCGAGCAGCUGGAUGAAUGCUGGGACGGGGACGCUGCGUGGGGAAGGAGGAGUGGCACUGAGGGUGACAGCGCUGGAAGGACACUCUGGUGCAUGCACCCACACGGAGAGCAAAGGGGCUCCUCUGGUGCUGGAGAGAUAAAGGCAGCAGCAGAAAGAUCCCGAGCCCCUCAUGAUGAGGUUCCGUGCAGCAGUACAGCUUCUGGGGAUGGGGACACGCUGCCACCCCAGAGGGAUUGGCACUGGGAUGUGGUGACCAGCAGCUCUGCUCGCCUGCAGGACCCCAUCUUCCCGGGUUGCGUCGUCGGCAAAGGGAAGGAGGGUCUCCUGCUGGCACGAGACAGCUCCAUGAUCCGCACUGGGUCCUGUCCCAGGAGCUGCAGAGAGCUCCGGGGCCGGGUGUGAUUCUGGGAGCCACAGCCGUACCCUCAGCAAGGGGAAAGCACAGGCGAGAGAGGAGCAAGGGAGAAAGCUGCCGGAGAAGGUAUCCCCAGAGCCCCGCGCUGUGCUGCGGGUGCUGGCGGCGGUGAUGCUCUGCUCUUGCUCUGAAGCCUCUGUGUGCUGUAGGACCAGGGGAGCAGACAGCAGCACCGCACCGCUGCACGGGCGCUCCAUGCACACCACAGCGCGCACACACAGUGGCACAGAGGGCGCUGUGCAUACGGAGGUGUUGGUGACCGCACCGCCCCACCUUGCUGGGACUUAGGGAUGAUACCGGUUGUAAAUGUGUGUCGCGGUGACUGUAAUGCUUUUGUGCGAAAUAAACCUCGGGAACCAC